CCCCCCCCCCCCCUCACACACUCCUCCCCAUCCCCCCCUCAUACACACGCACACACUGCAGUUCCCUUUCGCCGACCCCGUCCCCCUCCGCGCUUCCAUCUCCCCCUGCCUCCUGUCCUCCCUUCGCCAAGUUUCCCAGUAUGUCGAAUAAGCUCAUCCAGCAGGCUUUGGCCCUGAGGCAGCUGCAGAUCGGCGGCGCCAGCCCUGCUCCCAGCAGUGCUCGGAAGAACAAGGCCAGGAUCCCCGCCACGGAGGCCGCCGAGGCUGGCAAGGUCGCCAAGGUCGCCACGACGGCCACCACGGCCGAGGCACUCGAGGCCGCGCGGGAAGCCCUGCGCCAGGAGCGCAUUGACCGGCUCAACUUCCCGUCAGCCUAUCUGGAGGAUGGGGCGGUGUCCGACGAGGAGAAGGACACGUCGGAGUUUUUGAACGGUCUGCGCACGGAGCGCCUGGCCACGCGCAAGCGCUCGCGGCAUGUCAUCCAGAAGCGCCGGGCCAAGCAGGGCAAGACGGGUGGCGGCGGUAGCAGUCAGGCGCUGGCCAAGCUGGCCUUCACGGUGCCGGGCGUGAACCUGGACAAGCUCCUGACCCGGGUCACGGCACCGCGCGAGGCAGUGCCCGUGAAGCGCAAGCGCGGGAGCGGCCGGUACGGGCGAGCGGACAGCGCGCCGGCCGCCGGUGCCGCUGCGCCCUCGAAGUAGUGCCAAGGCGCCCCGGCUAUCCCUGUCCCCCCCCCCCCCCCCCCCCC